AUGGCAGCGGAAGACGGUUUGAAGAUUAACGUCAAAUUCAAUGGAAAACUAUUUGUUGUCUCGCACCUUUCGAGUGAGAUGACUGUAUUGGACGUGAAGAAAAAGCUCUACGAACUAACGAGAGUUCCUCCUGAGAAUCAAAAGUUGCUAGGUCUAUCAGCUGUUUCAGCAAAGGUUGUUUCAGAUGAUUUGGCUAUUCAAUACUUGAACAUCAAGCCAUCAACAAAGAUUAUGCUAAUAGGUUCCACCGAAGAAGCCAUAACUAUCGUAAAGGCUGCCGACUCUGUUGUGCCGGAUAGUAUUGACGAUUUUGACUUAACUGAGGAAGAUUUGGAAACAUUUCAAAGACCCGAAAAUCUGGAAAAGGUCCAAAAGAGGUCAGGUACAUACAAGUUCAUCCAAAUUUCCGAAAUGAGACCCGGGAAGCGUCUUCUUGUUCUGGACAUUGACUAUACUAUUUUCGAUCACCUUACACCAGCGGAGUCGGCAAAACUGCUUAUGCGUCCCUAUCUUUACGAGAUGCUUACCAGAGCGUACGUUAACUACGAUAUUGCGAUUUGGUCCGCAACAAGCAUGACGUGGAUAUUGGCGAAAAUAGGCCAGAUGAACUUGAUUCCUAAAAGCAUCAUCGACACAGUUCGCCAACAACAAGUUGAAUCGAGGUCUUUGGCUCAGACACCCAACAGUCCUUCAAACAUUCCGCACUAUGAGACAGACCUGCCAUUUAAAAUUUGUUUGCUGGUCGACUCUGGCGCAAUGAUAAGUGUAUAUUUGGAGGAACAUGGCGUGAAAGAGGUCAAACCGCUUGCCGUAAUCUGGAAUCGGUUCCAACAAUAUGGACCUCAGAACACCAUCAUGUUCGAUGACGUUCGCAGAAAUUUUGCGAUGAACCCCCAGUCCGGAUUAAGGAUUCACUCCUACAGGGACGCGCAUGUUAAUUACUCGACCGAUAAAGAACUCCUCUACCUGGCCGACUACCUUGAUCUCAUCGCACUCCUGGAGCCGGACUUCACUAAACUUAAUCACCAUAAGUGGAGCUCUUACGUAGAAAAGAAUAGAAAGCACCUUCCUCGGAAAAGAAGGUCACCUACAGAAGCACCCUCUACAGUCCGGGCG